CACUGACCGAUUGCAGAGCUCACACGUUCACGUCAUAACACCAGACAUACGAAUUUAUUUAUAACUAAAAAAAAAAAACCAUGGCUACAAUGGAUGAUUUUUUCAAUAAAGUGCAACGAAAGCAUCCCACAAUUCUCGAUGACUUACGGGAAAUUUUCAAAAACUCCCAGAGCGAUUCACCGCAGCGUUCUAUUACCCUAUCCCAAAUACGUGCUGCAUACAGUCAACGAACUGGCGAGGAUUUUCCCGUCAAGGGAAGCACGCGAACCCAAAUGUGUUUUGUCCUGACAAUCCCCUAUAUCGCCUGCUUUACCAGUCGAAUUGGCACAUUGCGAUUUUUCACCUUCGAGGCGAAUCAGGAAUAAGGGAGCAUACAACAACCGCAUCUAGUCUUACACGUGCAAUUUCUGUAUACCUAUUUAUUAUGCA